AUGCUACCUCGAGGUUUAACCUCAAGAAUGUGUUUAGUUCAAACAGAAUUUCCAGUAUCGUUACUAAUGCAACAUGAUAACUAUGUGUUUACAAAUCGUGAUUGUCGAUCGUGUACUAAUUAUCCAAUAAUAUUUAUUACACUUGGUUGGGUAUUUCUUGUGUUGUCAAUUCCCAGCCCUUUUAUGUGUAAUGAUAUAUUAAGAAACCAUUUUAUUAAAGCAAAAGAAACUGAAGAAUAUUUUACUAUUCAUAUGUCUUUAACAUGUGUGGCAUUAUGCUUAUCAUUAAUGUUUAUUCAUCUGAGUUUUAUAACAACAAUUUAUGAACAUUUACAUGUGGUGGUUGGUUCAAGUUAUAUAUUGAUGAGUUUUAUUCAAUUAUUUAUUUUAGUGAUACUAUGUUUGGUAUCAUUUUGGUUUGGAUGGCAAAGCCAUAAACUUGGUAAAGCUGAGAAACUGGAGGAAAACGAGUUACGGAACUUGGAUCGAGAUGAAGCUUACGGGACGGAGUCGGAAUAG